AUGGCCACGUACGAAAGGCUCCCACCCUCGGGUAUCAAAGUCAUCGUUGUUGGGGCCGGGUUUGCUGGCUUGUCUGCUGCAAUCGAAUGCGACAGGAAAGGGCAUUCGGUUAUUCUCCUAGAGAAGGUAAAGGUUUUAAAGCCGCUGGGCGAUCUUAUCACCUUCGCAGCCAAUGCCGCAGGUGUUUUCAAGAAAUGGGAGAACGUGGUGGAAACCCUGGAGCCACUAUGUUACAAAGCCCCGGGUAUAAGCUACUUUGACUGGACGGGCCGCUUUGUCACGACGCAGCUGUGGGACAAUGGCAAGAAGUUUGGCGAAAUCGUCAGUGGCCACCGCGGCGAGAUCCACCUGGAGAUCAUGAAGCAUGCUACUGAUCGUGGCAUCGAUGUCCGUUUGGGGCAGAAUGUUACGGAUUAUUUCGAGACCGAGGAUGGGGCUGGCGUUGUCUGCAAUGGCGAGAAAAUGAAAGCUGAUGCUGUCAUUGCCGCGGAAGGUGUCAAGAGCCCCGGGAGGAAGAUCGUGCUUGGCUACGAGGAUCUGCCGAAGCCCUCGGGCUACGCCGUGUACAGGGCGUGGUAUGAUUCUGAUGUUCUAGCCAAGAAUGAAAUGACAAAGCAUCUGGUCAUCAAUGGGGACACUCACAAUGGUUGGAUCGGACGUGAUAAGCACUUUUUGGCAACAUCGAUCAAGAAUGGAAAAGAUUUCAGCUGGGUCCUGACUCACAAGGACGAAGCCGACAUUGACGAGGAUUGGCAGUUUCCUGGAAAAGUCGAAGAUGUUCUGAAAGAUUUGGAAGGAUGGGAUCCUCUUGUGCAUGAGCUCGUCAAGGCCACACCAGCAGAUAAGCUUGUGGAUUACAAACUUGUCUUCCGUGACCCCCUGCCAACAUUCAUCUCCAAGAACGCACGUAUUGUGUUGAUUGGCGACGCCGCUCACCCCUUCUUACCGACAUCGAUCCAAGGCGCUGCUCAGGCAGUAGAAGACGGUGCCACCAUUGCAGCCUGCCUUGACAAGAGUGGCAAGGACAAUGUGACCGAGGGAGUGCGGGCCUACGAGGCCAUCCGGUAUAAGCGUGUACACAAGGCACAGAACAUGGGUGUAACUACACGAGAGCAGUGGCAUAAAGCAGACUGGGAUGCGAUCUGGAAGAACCCCAAGUCGCUUCACCUGAAGCGUGAUCCUUGGCUGUUGGAUUUCGACCCCGAGAACCAUGUAUAUGAAGUAUAUGAUGAAACCGUCGCUAAACUACGUCAAGAUUCUACAGUGCCAUCAAAAGAUGGGCCCCUAUCGAAGGGGUUUGGUCCUGCCGUCUCGGAAACAGAGGUUGCCGUAUAG